AUGACAAACACGUACCCCACAUCGCGGGAUUACACGAAGCCGGCUAUUGACCAACGAAUCGCCGAGUUGGUGAAGAGAAGAAUCGGUGCACGAGAAGAUUUACCCACGGAAAGUACAAAAGAACGACUUACAAAAUUCAAGGAGAUUCGUAAUGCCAGGCAAGGAUUAUUGAAAAUUACACACCGACAUGUCCUAGAGAUGGUAGCAUACAUUUUAAACACGGAUGUUGAGACACUCGAAGAAGGAGUUCUCGACAAAGAUGAAUACGUGAAUGUAUUUAGUAGUUUCUUCGUCGAUGGUGGAAGAGAAGCGAUCGUUAUACAUUUUCAGCCUAUGAGUCCUCCGGUAUUUGAAUCUGGACGAUGGACGCCGCAACUGAGCAAAGAACAAUAUGUUACACGCUGCUGCAUAACGGAUGGUACCACCGAAGAGUUUUCAGGCAAAUGCGUGAUAGUUUAUCGAUUAAAGUCAAAUCUCGAGUUUGGCGUAAAGCAGUUACUUGACGAAACGUAUUACGCUUAUGCCGAGGUCGAUUCCACGUCAAAGAGUGCGCUGGCGGGUAUAUCUGAUUUAAUCUCGCGUUUACACGUACGAACAUUAACUGCUAACACGCAGUGGGGAGAGUUGUCGAAAAGUGAAACUGGAGAAAAGAUCAAAGACGAUUUUAUAGGCGAUUUUAAAGAUUUCUGUGAAUUUCUCAGUAUGACGAAGAUAGAUCUGGAAAAUGUUAUAUGCUUCCAAAUUAAUUGGGACCUUUAUCAGAAAUGUUUGGCGCUGCUGGAAAAUAUCAAAGAGAGUCUUCAUAAACCGAGCGUUAUUGAAGCGGUGGAAGCUGACGUUCAAAUAUGGAUGAAACUGAUGGAGCGGGCUGUUGUUGAGAGUCAACAAUUGCGCAGGGAAACUGAAACCGUGGGACCGUCCGCGGAACUUGCAUACUGGCGGAGAUUACUCGCACGGUUUUCCUCGAUAAUAAAUCACAUAAAAUCUGCUUACACUCAGUCGUUUAUACAGCUGUUAACGGAGGCGAAAUCAAAACUCAUCAUGAAAUGGAAGGAACUGGAAGAGCAUGUUAUAAUGAUACAUAUCCUGUCGCAAGAUAACGUGAAGUAUCUAUACGGCUUAGAAAAAUUUACGCAUCCGUUAUAUAGAUUAGAUCCAACGAAGAUAGGAGAUUACUUACCCGCGCUCAUGUAUGCCAUAAGAAUGAUUUAUGUUACGUCGCGAUUUUUCAAUACGAGGAAGAUGGUAACCGCGAUCUACGUAAAGAUAACGAAUCAAAUGAUAUUAGCGUGUAAAGCGUAUUUGACAGAGAAUGGAAAAUUGAGUAUUUGGGAUGAAUCGAAAUGUACCAUGAUAUCCAAAAUAAAGGAUUGCAUUAAAUUAUGCGAUACGUAUCAUGAUUGUUACGACGGGAUGUGCAAGAGGGUUGAAGAAUCUCCGGAGGAGAAGCCGUUUGAGCUAUCCGAAAUGUACGUUUUCGGCAAGUUUGGCACAUUUAAGACGAGAAUAAUAAAAACGUACGAUCCUCUGGAUCACAGGAAACCGUACUUUGACGCCGAUUACGAUGAAUUCAAAAAGAACAUAGCGGAGACCGAUCUGGAGCUCAGGACGUUCUUUCACAAUUGCGUUUCUCUCGUGCCAAAUAUAACGCAGGCUUUAUGGUUGAUAGAUAGAUUCCAAAAAUUAAAUCUCAAGCAACUGAGGAUUGAUAGAAAGUGCUCUGAGCUUAUCACGAUGUUCGAACGAGAGAUCGAGGACGUUCGCGAUAGAUAUAACGAAGACAGAUCUGAUCUACCAAUACCAAGGAACAUUCCACCCAUCGUUGGUAGGAUUCUGUGGAUUCGCCAGUUGUAUAAACUAAUUACGUGGUCCUCGUUAAAGCUUCCAAAGGUGUGCGGUAAGAUAAAAGAAGCGAUUGAAAAUGCGCAAAUAUUUAUCAAGGAGGUGAAAGAUAUGAAGGAAGCGAGAGUAGACGAGGUAUUCGAGUCUAUUGCGAAAACGACCUUAUUAGAGCUGGAGAAUCCGAAAAGUCCAGAACAACUUUUAGCCGAUACUAUAGCUUCUAGAAAUAAAAUAGCAGUUGACUUGGAGAUCAAAUCGGCGGCGGCGGAAAAGACUGUUAUCAUGAUCAUUAAUAAAUUUAUGGAUGUCGAAACCGACCCCGCUGUGCAGGACGUUAAAUAUAACUGGUUGGAUCUUGAAAAGGUGCACAAACAAGUAGGAUCCGAAACCAGAUUGAUACAGGCACCAUACGAGCCAGGUUUUGCUCCUAUCGAAAGAACGAAUAAAGUUAAUAUACAUCGAAUUCACAACGAUUGCAUGGAGCUGUUUGCGUAUUUCAAUCAUAAACUAAUAGAAGCCUUAGUGAAAUGCACUAAAAAUUCUUUGGAUUUAUUAAAAAAGAAAGCAACUAUUAUGAGCGUAUUAGUUCGAGACAUUUCAUUAGAACCGGAGACUCCAAUUAUGGUGACACACUUUGUUUUGCAAAUACCAAAUAUCAUAAUUAUUCCAUCGAUAGAAGACUUACAAAAUUAUUUCGGCAAAGUUAUAACGAGCAUCAUGGAAAUGCAUAAAAGUGUGAUUGUGUGGGGCCAACGAUAUUCGACAGAUACUCAAGUCAAAUCGCCUGGUGACAACACUUCACUCAACAGCUAUUUUCAAAGUGUGUCCGAUCAUAAGGAGAUAAUUCGCAGCACUAUGAGCUUACAAGGUUUGAUAUUAAUCCUGAGAGAUGAUGUCUCCAAAGUUGGCAACUCGUAUUUACGGUACUCCUACAUAUGGGCGGAAAAUAGAAAUGAAAUUAUACAAGCGUUUGUCGACUCUAAGCCUCUCAUACAAGAAAUCAAGGAGAAGUUUAUGGAAUAUGAAGACUUGCUGACGGAAAUCCAAAAUUUACCCGCGCGACACGUACUCGGUCCUCUUCAAAUCGAUACAGAUAAAUUAAAAUUGGCAUUCUCCAUUGAAGCAGUGGCGUGGAUGAAAUCGUUGGGUGUCAUGUUAUCGAAUAAAUACAAAGAAAAAUUACAAAACAUUAUAGAUUACAUUAACGAAAAGAACAAAGUUCUAUCUAGAAAUAUCAAAGAUUUGGAGGACGUUAGAGUUGCGAUGAAGUGCUUGGCAGAAAUACGAGAUGACUUUAUAUCGUUGGAUAUGGAACUAAUUCUGAUCGAAGAAACUUAUACAUUGAUGGGAAAAUUUAAUAUCGAUAUUUUGAAAGAAGAUCAAGAUAUAGUAGACGGGUUGAGAUAUAAUUUUAGCAAUAUGCUUCAGAUGGCAAAACAAGUUCAAGCAGUUAUAUGUGAGAUGCAAGAACCGUUGAAGAAGGAACUCACUGAUGGAGUUGCAGUUCUCAGAACAGAUGUGGCCGAGUUCGACAUUGAUUUUGAGCUUAGUGGUCCAAUGGUCGAAGGAAUACCUGCAAAAGAAGCCAGUGAACGGCUCAUCUUGUUCCAAGCGCGCUUCGAUGAAUUAUGGGAGGGAUACGAAACUCUCAGCAGUGGUGAAAGCUUAUUCGGCAUCGAAGUGACGGAGUACCCAGUUCUGCAUCAGAGAAAAAGAGAAAUUAAUUUAUUGCAGAAAUUGUACACGUUGUAUUUGCAAGUUAUGCGCACCAUUGACAGCUACUAUGAUAUCCCAUGGUCCGAGAUUGACAUCGAGUCGAUCAUAACCGAACUGGCCGAUUUCCAAAACAGAUGCCGACGAUUACCUAAAGCUAUGAGAGAAUGGCCGGCUUACAUUGAUUUGAAGAAGAAAAUCGACGAUUUUAAUGAGAUGUGUCCGUUACUAGAGAUGAUGGCGAACAAAGCCAUGAAAGAUAGGCACUGGGAAAGAUUGUCCAAGCUGUGUCAAUACUUCUUUGAUGUAGAGUCGGAAACUUUCACGCUAGCGAACGUCAUGCAGGCGCCUUUACUAAAAUAUAAAGAUGAUGUAGAGGACAUAUGUAUUAGCGCAGUGAAGGAACUGGAUAUCGAAACUAAGUUGAAGCAGAUAAUUGCAGAUUGGGCGGUUGUAAAUUUGCAAUUCGCCUCGUUCAAGCAGAGAGGCGAGUUACUGCUGAAAGGUGUCGAGACGGCUGAGAUAAUAGCGCAACUCGAGGACAGCUUAAUGAUCAUAAGUUCCUUACUGGCGAAUCGUUACAACGUACCAUUUAAGAAGGAGAUUCAGCUGUGGCAAACUAAGCUUAGCAACACGUCGGAGAUAUUAGCGAAAUGGUUAAUUGUACAGAACUUGUGGGCUUAUCUCGAGGCGGUAUUCAUCGGCGGCGAUAUAUCGAAGCAAUUGCCUACCGAAGCGAAACGUUUCAACGCUAUCGAUAAGUCCUGGGUCAAGCUCAUGCUUCGCGCGCACGAGAAAUUGAAUGCGGUAGAAACGUGCACCGAGGAUGAGACUAUGAGUCAGUUUUUGCCUCAUUUGCUGGAGCAAUUGGAGUCAUGCCAGAAAUCCCUCAGCGGCUAUCUGGAAACUAAGCGAGUUAUCUUCCCGAGGUUCUGCUUCAUAUCAGAUCCCACUCUGUUGGAGAUACUUGGGCAAGCAGCGGAUUGCCACACGAUACAGAAUUAUCUCGACGGAUUUUUCGACAAUAUUGCAAAGCUAGCGUUUGCUGAAAAGGAAUACGAAAAGAUUGUAGCGAUGUAUUCGCGGGAAAAUGAAAAGAUAGAACUGGAAAAAUCAGUCAUUUGCGUAGGAGGAAUGGAGAACUGGGUGAACACUUUGCUAACGGUCCACCAACAAUCCGUUGGCGCGGUGAUUUCGCUGGGCUUGCAAUCAUUACGUACACCCGAAUUCGACAUUCUGUCAUUGAUAGAGAACUCCGUUUUACAAGUUGGCUUAUUAGCGCUGCAAGUUUUGUGGACGCGCGACUCCGAAAUAGCGGUGACGAUGGCAAAACGCGACAGGACGAUAAUGAAACGGACCAAUCAGUGGUUCCUGGACCUCCUGAACAGCCUCAUAGGAAUAACCGUGAAGGAUCUCACGAAGUACGCCAGGGAAUGCGGAAAUAUUUUUAGGGAUAUAUUCGACGAGUUGUGUCGCCUCAGGAUUCGUAGCAUACACGAUUUCGAGUGGCUGAAGCAGUGUCGAUUCUACUACGAUGAAGAUUCGGAGGAGGUGCCGAUCAGAAUCACCGACGUGGAGUUUGUUUAUCAGAAUGAAUUCCUGGGUUGCACAGACCGACUUGCGAUUACACCACUCACAGACAGGUGUUACAUAACACUUGCCCAGGCCGUAGGGAUGAAUUUCGGUGGAGCUCCUGCAGGACCCGCUGGUACCGGUAAAACGGAAACUACGAAGGACAUGGGGAAAGCAUUGGGGAAAUACGUUGUCGUUUUUAAUUGUUCCGAUCAGAUGGAUUUUCGUGGCUUAGGUAGAAUAUUUAAGGGACUCGCGCAAUCUGGCAGCUGGGGGUGCUUUGACGAGUUCAAUCGGAUCGAUCUACCGGUGUUAUCCGUAGCUGCGCAGCAAAUAGCCAUUGUACUUAAUGCAAGAAAGGAGAAAAAGACGACUUUCUUGUUUAGCGAUGGCGAGACGUACAAGCUCAAUUACGAGUUCGGGAUAAUUAUUACAAUGAAUCCCGGGUACGCGGGCCGGCAGGAGUUGCCGGAGAAUCUGAAGAUACAAUUUAGAAGCGUGGCUAUGAUGAUUCCUGACAGACAAAUUAUAAUGCGGGUGAAACUCGCGGCGUGCGGCUUCAAAGAGAACGUGGUGCUGGCGCGAAAAUUUUUCAUGUUAUACAAAUUAUGCGAGGAGCAGCUCAGCAAACAAGUGCAUUAUGAUUUCGGAUUAAGAAAUAUCUUGUCGUGUCUGCGUACGCUUGGCGCGCAGAGACGCGCUAACCCCGGCGACUCCGAGGAAACCACUCUUAUGAGAGUAUUACGCGAUAUGAAUCUGUCUAAAUUAGUGGAUGAAGAUGAACCCUUGUUCAUGUCGCUAAUUGAAGAUAUGUUUCCGGGGAUAAAGUUAACAACUCAAGCGUACAAAGAAUUGCAGAAAGCCAUAGCUAACGCGACAGCUGCUCUUGGCAUAAUGAAUCACAGCGAAUGGAAUCUGAAAACUGUACAGUUAUACGAGACAUCGCUGGUUCGUCACGGUCUCAUGGUCCUCGGACCAACGGGAUCUGGUAAAACGCGAUGUAUGUGGACGCUCAUGAGAGCUCUGACUGAGAUGGGCUUACCGCAUAAGGAAAUUAGAAUGAAUCCAAAAGCGAUAACUGCAUCCCAAAUGUUCGGAAGACUCGACGUUGCUACGAACGACUGGACGGAUGGCAUAUUCUCCAUCAUAUGGCGAAGGUCCACUCAAACCAAAAAGACGGAGAACCUGUGGAUGGUAUUGGACGGCCCGGUCGAUGCGGUGUGGAUCGAAAAUCUGAAUUCCGUCCUGGACGACAAUAAAACGUUGACGCUGGCAAACGGCGAUCGCAUUAUAAUGGCACCGAACGCCAAACUGGUGUUUGAGCCCGAUAAUGUGGAUAACGCGUCUCCAGCGACCAUAUCGCGCAUGGGUAUGGUCUUCUUCAGUGCUUCUGUGUUGCAAUGGACUCCGAUUUUAGAGAGCUGGCUCAAAACAUGUUCCCCUAACGAGGCUGAAGUACUACGUACGUUGUUCCGUAAAAUAUACGGCGACGCUCAUACGUUCGUCCAGACGAAGCUUCAAACUAAAAUGACGCUUUUAGAAGCGCUUUAUAUCCGACAAUGCAUUGACUUAUUGGAAGGUUUGAAUGUCGGGAAUUCUGAUCCAACAAAGGUACUACCUGUGCAUCAUAUCGAGAAGCUUUUCCUGUUUUCCCUCAUGUGGAGCCUGGGUGCGGUAUUAGAGCUCGAUGGUCGACUGGCGUUACAGGAAUACCUUGUGAAUCACGAAUCGAACUGUAACUGGCCGAAAUACGCAGAAGACGAAACUAUCUUUGAAUAUCUGGUAUCGGAGGACGGAAAAUGGAUACAUUGGAUUAAAAUGGUACCAGAAUUCGAAUAUCCAUCUGAUCGUAUCCUGGAAUAUUAUACCAUUCUCGUUCCUAACGUCGAUAAUACGAGAACGUUAUUUUUAAUCGACAUUAUAGCGAAGCAAGAGAAAGCGGUACUUUUGAUAGGAGAACAAGGUACCGCGAAAACCGUGAUAAUGAAAAGUUACAUGUCCAAGCACGAUCCUGAGUAUCAUUUGAACAAGUUUUUCAAUUUUUCCUCAGCGUCCACGCCCAAUAUGGUUCAGCGCGUGUUCGAGAGCUACGUGGAAAAGCGGGUGGGUACUACUUACGGUCCCGCCGGCGGCCGGAAAAUGACCAUUUUCAUUGACGAUAUAAAUAUGCCGGACAUCAACGAAUGGGGCGAUCAAAUUACGAACGAGGUCGUACGUCAGCUAAUGGAGUACAAAGGAUUCUAUUCGCUGGAUAAACCAGGCGAUUUUUGCACUAUGCAAGAUAUUAUGUUACUCGCCGCGAUGAUCCAUCCGGGCGGCGGGCGAAACGAUAUCCCACCACGGCUGAAGCGGCAGUUCAACAUUUUCAACUGCACCCUGCCGUCCAACAGAUCUAUGGACACGAUUUUCAGUGCCAUCGGUCAAGGCUACUUCUGCACCACGAGAUUCUCCGAGGACAUCGUGAACUUCCUGCCGAGACUCGUACCGCUCACUCGAAUACUGUGGCAGCGGACCAAGAUGAAGAUGCUACCGACCCCGGCGAAGUUUCAUUACGUCUUCAAUCUGCGCGAUCUGUCUCGCAUCUGGGAGGGGAUCCUCAGGAUAGAAAGAGCCGAGUGCGAGUCCAUCACGAGCUUGUUGAAAUUAUGGGAGCACGAAUGCACGCGGGUGAUAGCUGAUCGCUUCACUACCGCCGCCGAUAAAGAGUGGUUCCAGAACACGUUGAGGCGAACCGCAGAGAAGAUCCUGGGCCCCGACUUCCAACAUUAUUCCCCGAUUGAGACGUACUUCGUCAACUUCUUGCGCGAGCCCCCGGAACCGACGGGCGACGAGCCGGAAGACUUCGUGUUGGAGGCACCCAAGAUUUACGAGGAAAUACCGAGUUACGAAAUCGUGAUCGAGAAGGUCCAGCAAAAUAUGGAGCAAUUUAAUGAAUACAUACGUGGCAUGCGUCUCGAUCUGGUUUUCUUCCACGAUGCUCUGGUGCACUUGAUGCGAAUAUCGAGAAUACUUGGGGUUCCCAGAGGUAAUGCGAUGCUGGUAGGUGUGGGAGGUUCCGGCAAGCAGACUAGCUUGAUGGACGAUUUGCGAAGAUUGUAUCGCAUCGCCGGCACAGGGAACAGAGGCCUCACUUUCAUCUUCACCGACAACGAGAUAAAAGAGGAAGCAUUUCUGGAAUAUAUAAAUAACGUGCUAAGCGUUGGCGAAGUAGCCAAUCUCUUUCCAAAGGACGAACUCGACGAUAUCUUGACGAUCGUCACGCCGAUGAUGAAAAAGGAUGAUCCUCGACGUCCGCCCACGCAAGACAAUCUUUAUGAUUAUUUCAUAUCGCGAGCAAGGAAUAAUUUGCACAUAGUUUUAUGUUUCUCGCCAGUCGGUGGAAAGUUCAGAUCGCGGUCGCUCAAAUUUCCUGGUCUCAUAUCCGGUUGUACAAUGAACUGGUUCUUGAGAUGGCCGAAGGACGCAUUGUACGCGGUCGGCGAACAUUUUCUGGAGACGUAUAAAGUCGUAUGCAGUCCGGAAGUAAAACAGCAGUUGAUGCAAGUCGUAGGCGACAUUCAAGACGACGUGAAUAACACUUGUGCGGAAUAUUUCGAUAGAUUUCGGCGUCAAGUAUACGUAACACCGAAAUCAUUCUUAACAUUUCUCGACAACUAUAAAGCACUAUACAAGCAACAUUUGGAUAACAUUAAUACACUCGCUUCUCGCAUGAGCAACGGUUUGAACAAAUUGAUUGACGCCGCAGCUCAGGUUGAUGUCUUACGAAAGGAAUUAGAAAGAAAUCAAGAAGAGAUUGCGGAAAAGAAUGUCCAAGUUGAAGCCAUACUGGUUAACGUGAACGAGAAGAAGAUGGAGGCCGAGAAUGUGAGAGCAAAAGUGCAAAUGUCGAAAGACGAGGCGGAAGCGAUUCUGGAAGUGAUUGCGAAAGACAAGGCAGUAGCGGAAGAAAAGCUGAAGGCUGCAGAGCCUGCUUUACUAGAAGCGGAAGCUGCAUUACAGACCAUAAAGCCGGUAGACAUCGCAACUGUUCGUAAGUUAGCUAAGCCGCCGUACUUGAUCAUGCUCAUAAUGGACUGCGUUCUCAUUCUGUUCGGGCGGAAAUUGGAACCAGUCAAACCCGACUACGAGCAUCAAUUUUUAAUACCCUCGUGGUCGGAAUCGUUAAAGGUCAUGGCUGACGCGAGAUUCUUGCAUAAUUUACAACAUUUCCCCAAGGACAACAUCAAUGCCGAAACGGUGGACUUGAUGAUGCCGUACCUGAAUUAUCACAUGUACACCUACGAGGCCGCGUUACAAGCCUGCGGGAACGUUGCGGGUCUUAUACAGUGGACCAUCUCUAUGGUCACUUUUUAUGGAAUAAAUAAAGAUGUGCUGCCGUUAAAGGCAAAUCUUGCUGUGCAAGAGAACAAAUACGAGAAAGCCAAUAAAAAUUUACUCGUAGCGGAAAAGAUAUUGAAGGAGAAAGACGAUGACCUACAAGCGGUGCAAAGCGAGUUUGAUGCCGUGAUGCGGGAACGACAAAUAAUAAUCGAUCAAGCUGCGAUUUGCCAAGCAAAAAUGGAUAUGGCGACCGCUAUGAUCGAAGGAUUAUCUGGAGAACGAGUAAGAUGGACGGAGCAAUUAGUCAUGUUUAAGUCGGAAAUAGAUCGCCUUGUCGGCGACGUGUUAGUGUUAACGGGAUUUCUUUCUUAUUGCGGGUCGUUUAAUCAAGAAUUCCGAGUUCUCUUGCAGAGAAAGUGGUUCGACUUCAUACAAGACAGAAAGAUCCCGAUUUCCGUUACCGUAAAUAUCGUUAAUGCAUUAACAGACACAGCCACGAUUGGCGACUGGAGUUUACAAGGAUUGCCGACCGAUGAAUUAUCGGUCCAAAAUGGAAUCAUUGUAACGAAAGCGACGAGAUAUCCACUUCUGAUCGACCCGCAAUUGCAAGGCAAAACGUGGAUUAAAAAUAAAGAAACGGAAUUCAACUUACAGAUUACGUGGUUCACGCAUAAAUACUUCAGAAAUCAUCUAGAAGAUUGUGUGUCAAUAGGGCGACCGUUGCUGAUAGAAGACGUGGAGGAGGAGAUAGAUCCAAUAUUAGAUAAUUUAUUGGAAAAGAAUUUUAUAAAAAUAGGAACUUCUUUAAAGGUCAAAAUUGGUGACAAAGAAGUGGACGUAAGCAGGGAUUUCAGGUUUUACAUCACGACAAAGUUGCCGAAUCCGUUUUACACGCCUGAAAUAUUUGCGCGAACAGCUAUAAUCGACUUCACCGUUACGAUGAAAGGUCUGGAGGACCAACUUUUAGGGAGAGUCAUUUUAACGGAGAGGAAGGAAUUGGAGACGGAAAAGAAGCAAUUAAUUGCUGACGUAACCGCGAAUAAAAGAAAAAUUAAAGAAUUGGAGGAAAAUCUUUUACAUAAAUUGGCAACCGUGCAGGGCCCUUUGAUCGAAGACGUCGAAUUAAUGUCGGUAUUAAAUAUCACGAAGCAGACAGCGGCGGACGUAACUGAGAAGCUGAGUAGCGCGAAAGAUACGGAAUUGAAGAUCGAUACGGCACGUGAAGAAUUCCGACCUGUCGCGACACGUGGCAGCGUUUUGUAUUUCUUAAUAUGCGACAUGCCGCACGUCAAUUGCAUGUACCAAACGUCCCUCGUUCAAUUCUUAGAGCGAUUUGAUAUCUCCAUGGCUAGAUCCGAGAAGAGUCCAGUCAAUCAGAGACGAAUAAAUCACAUUAUUGAAUAUUUGACAUACGAUGUGUUCAAAUAUAAAGCGCGCGGGCUUUACGAGAUACACAAGUACAUGUUCAUUCUGCUGAUGACGCUAAAAAUCGACCUACAACGCGGCAGCAUCACGCACGAGGAGUUUCAGUAUCUCAUUAAAGGCGGCGCGGCAUUGGACUUAAAAGCUGUCGAGCCGAAAUCCUGCAAGUGGAUUACGGAUGUGACAUGGCUUAAUCUAGUUGCACUCUCGUCAUUACGACAGUUUCAGUAUAUCGUGUCUCAAGUACCCGCCUCCGAGAAAGUUUGGAAGCAUUGGUUCGACAAGGACGCGCCGGAGGAGGAAAUUAUCCCCGACGGUUACAACACUUUGGACGCAUUUCGCCGAUUGCUCCUAAUAAGAGCCUGGUGCAUGGACAGAGCACUGUCGCAGUCCAGGAAGUACAUAGCGUCCUCAUUAGGAGCGAAGUACGCGGAACCCGUGAUCACGUUGCUGGAUGCGAUGUACAACGAGUCGAGGCCAAAUACCCCGAUGAUCUGCUUCUUGAGCAUGGGAUCGGACCCUACGCCCAGUAUCGAGCAACUAGCGAAGAGACUGGAGAUUGUCUGCAGAAGCGUAUCGAUGGGGCAGGGUCAAGAGGUCCAUGCACGCCGGCUGCUCAACAGCGCGAAGACCGAGGGCUACUGGGCUCUGUGCCAGAAUUGUCAUCUAGGCUUGGAGUACAUGGCGGAACUGGCGAACUUUCUCUUGGAGAUGGAAGCACCCCAUCCGCAAUUCCGCGUGUGGAUCACGACGGAACCGCACAGAGACUUUCCCAUCUCGUUGCUGCAAAUGUCGAUUAAAUACACGUACGAACCCCCGCAAGGAAUACGCGCGGGUUUGCUGGCGACAUACAGCGGCAUGAACCAGGAGAUGCUGGACCAGUGCGACGCUGCGCAAUACAUACCGCUAAUAUACACCGUGUCCUUCCUGCACACCGUAGUCCAAGAGAGACGGAAAUUCGGUCCUCUGGGAUGGAACAUACCAUACGAAUUUAAUUCGGCGGAUUGGUUGGCGUCUUGCACGUUCAUAAACAAUCAUUUGAACGACUACGACCCGAAGCGCGGGAUAAAUUGGCAAAUCGUGCGUUACAUGAUCGGUGAAGUGCAAUACGGCGGCCGCGUUACGGAUGAUUACGACAAAAGAUUGCUGAACACUUUCGCGAAGGUGUGGUUCGCCGACGCGCUCUUCGCGGAGGGUUUCGCUUUUUACAAGGGCUACCCGCUUCUGAUAUUCAAACUGGUCAGCGAGUACUUGAAAGCGAUUGAUACCAUGAGCACCAUAGACCCACCGCAGGUCUACGGCUUGCAUCCCAACGCGGAUAUCACAUACCAGAGUAACACCACGCAGACUGUACUAGACACAAUAAUAUCCCUGCAACCGAAAGAAGCUGGUGUUGUCGACGCGGAACCCCGUGAAGUAGUUGUCACGAGACAAGCGAAGGAGAUGUUGGAGAAAAUACCAGCGGUCUACGACAUGUUUGAAGUCAAGGAGAGAUUACGCGCAAUGGGCCACACCGCACCGAUGAAUAUCUUCUUGAAGCAGGAGAUCGAUAGGCUCCAAGUCGUUAUCAAAUUAGUGCGCUCUAUGCUCAAGGAUCUCCUGCUGGCCAUAGAAGGCGUGAUUAUAAUGAGCCAGGAACUGCGAGACGCUCUCGAUAACAUUUACGACGCCCGAAUACCGAAGGCUUGGAAAGCCCGCUCGUGGGAAUCUGCUUCUCUGGGAUUCUGGUUCACAGAACUGUUAGAGAGGAACCAACAGUUUUCCAGCUGGUUGUACAGCGGGAGACCGUCGAAAUUUUGGAUGACCGGAUUUUUUAAUCCACAAGGAUUUUUGACGGCAAUGAAGCAGGAGGUAACGCGAGCUCACAAGGGUUGGGCUCUGGAUAACGUUACACUUCAUAAUGAAGUUUUGCGCAACAUGGCGGAGGAAGUCAGGACACCGCCACUUGAAGGGGUUUACGUAUAUGGAUUAUUUCUGGAGGGUGCCGGCUGGGACAGAAAAAAUAGUCGACUGUGUGAAUCGGCCAAUAAAGUCCUUUAUGUAUUAAUGCCAGUAAUACAUAUCUUUGCAGUGUAUAAUGCACCGGAUAAGAGUCCGAAAUUGUAUCAGUGUCCCGUAUAUAAAAAACCCCAGAGGACUUACAUGUUGUUAAUAACACCGCUUUGGUUGCAAACUAUAAAGACUUCCGAUUAUUGGAUACUACGAGGCGUUACCCUACUAUGUGACAAUAAAUAAAACGUUCUCUUCGUAUAUACACAAUAUAAACACAAAAUAAAACUCAACGUUUUACGUACGUAGGUAGUUUUCGAAACGAGUUUGUUGCGCAGGAUGACGAAGUGUCGCGUAUCAGAGAGCGAAACGAAACGUUACAUGAAACAAAAUAAAGGCUGGUUGACGCGUAAACCAGAGAUUGUCACUAAAUUAACAAAUAGAGUUAACUUUAAAACUAUAUUUAUAAGCCGGUAAUCUCCCAGCAGUAAAUCUAGCUUACCAACGCCGGAGAAAUCAUAAGCAGGAAGUGGCGUACUCUGCUCGAAGCGGGCAAACUACAACGUGGCUGCAUGAAAUUCAAAGUGCACCCCUUGCCCACCCUCAAUGCCGCUACGUGAAACGAGUAGUGUUUUGUAAAAUUUGCAUUGUUUCAUCUACUGCAUUCGCAAUCGCGCUCGGAUUAAUGGCACGAGUGUGCAAUCGCCGACGCUGUGACCUC